GGACAAGAAACUGGGUCACGUUAAAAGCCUGCAGAAGGCUCGAUGCUCGAAGCUCACUUACGAUAAUGUAGCGGUGGUCUCGUCGAAGUUCCCAGUAUUGAAUUUUAUUUGACGCGUUUCCCCGUUGUUUAAGUGAGUUGCUACGAAAGAGUGCGUGCCCUGUCACGAAACUUACUUUGCCAAUUUGGUGCGGUACUAACAACAGGUGGUAAAUCUUACUGUGGAGCUGAACAAGACUUCUUCCAAGCACUGAAAUGUUUGAAUACGAGACCAGCAACGACCUCCUGCUGUACCCCUUCCUUGAGGAUGACGAGGGCGUGGAAGAGCCGCUGUUUCCCGACGAGGGCUCUGGCUGGGGCGCUCUGUCCCUGGCCGAGGCCCUGCUGCCCCUGGUGGAGUCGCCGCCGUCCACCCCGCCGCCCCAGUCCCCCUGGAUGUGCUACGCGCGCUACAAGACGGAGCUGUGCAGCCGCUACACGGAGCUGGGCUCCUGCAAGUACGCCGAGCGCUGCCAGUUCGCGCACGGGCUGCGGGACCUGCGCGUGCCCUCCCGCCACCCCAAGUACAAGACCGAGCCCUGCCGGGCGUUCCACGCGGGCGGUUACUGCGCCUACGGCGCCCGCUGCCUCUUCGUCCACGGCCCCAAGGAGCAGCGGCCGGCGCGCCCCCCCCGCAGCCGGAACGUGCCCUGCCGCACCUUCCGCUCGUUCGGCGUCUGCCCCUUCGGCGCGCGCUGCCACUUCCUGCACGCGGAGGCCGACGGGGCGCGGGGCGCGGGCGAGGCCGGGGGCGCGCCGUCCGCCGACGAGAAGGGCGCCCGGCCCGGCGCUCGGGAGCAGCGGCCCCGGGGGGCCCUGUGCCGCACCUUCAGCGCUUUCGGGUUCUGCCUGUACGGGACCCGCUGCCGGUUCCAGCACUGCCUGCCCAGCGGUACCGCCCAGGGCCCCGGGGCCGGAUCAGGGGCCCCCUGCCUCCCCCUGCUGCCCGGCUCGGGGAGAGCCUCGCCCGCCGCCUCAGACAUGCUCUCCUCCUCCUCCUCCGCCACCUCGUCCCCUCCCUCGUCACUGCCCUCCCCCGUGUACCUGGAGGACCGCUCCUCCCCGCUCACCCCCCCGCUGCUGUCCGGGGACCCCCCGGAGGGGGACGCCUUCUCCUUCUCUGGGCAGCACCUGAACGACCUGCUCCUGCCCCUGGCUUGGAGGCUGCAGCAGCUGGAGAAGACCCUGGCCUGGCCUGCCCUCUCCCCAGGGGUGGAGGGGGAGGCCGCCAUUGCCCUGCCCAAAACCCACAGCGACGUGUGUUCCUGAAGGCCUGGCCUGACUGCAUGUCUAAUGUGUACAAUGUACCAGAAUGGGGCGGGGCGGGGCGGGGCGGGGCGGGGCUGGGGGGGGGAUGGAUUCUUGACAUUCAUUUAAUAUUGGCAAGUUUAUAGCAUUACUGUGAACCAAAUCAUUCUGAGUAGUGAUUUGAGUGGUUGGGUUGGGCUAUUCAGUGUGUUUGGGGGAGGGAAUUGGCUAGAAUGCAUGCAAACUGUAACUUUUGAAAGGUGUGUAGUCUUAGUUUUUUUUUAGGCUACUUGCACAACCAUACACCAGCUGAAUAGCACCAAGUACUGUUUGUCUGGCUUGAAUUGGCCUGUGGCUACAUUGUGAAUGUCUUUGUGCCCGAGCUUACACCGGCUGCACUGUGCGUCUUAAAAUGUCUAUGGAAAUGGAGCCUUGGGUGGGCCAAAGUCUGAUUUUAAUCUUUAACUGUAUAUAAUUUUCAUGGUUUUUAGUAUUUAUUAAUCUUUCUAAUUUAAUGUGUGGUUUAAUUUAUUGAGCUCUCAAACUUCCUCCUGGGACAAUAAACUACUGAAUCCUA